CUUAAUUUCCACCAAUAGAAUCAUUUAUUUGAACAGAGUACGAAGGAAAUAGUAAGAAAAUAAUCGUGUCUGAGUCAUAAUAAAAGUUUGAUCGAAAAAUGAUAUUUUAUUUACAUUUGUUAAAUCGAUGUUUUGAUGAUUUGCAUUGUACGUAGUAAAAGUAUCAGUUGAUAGAAAAUCUUCGCAUGCGCUUGACGGAACUAUUCGAAAGAACAAAGCUCAUCCCACUGUGAAGCGAGAUUGAAUAAAUACAAAUCGUUUAGGAAUGGCAGAUAUUAAACAAGAUCAUAAAACUGAGGAUACUGAUAAUUAUGGAAUAGGUAAUAGUGCUGAACCAAAAAAUAUGCAAGAAUUGACGGAGUAUGUACAAACACUAUUACAGAAUAUGCAAGGGAAAUUUCAAACAAUGUCAGAUCAAAUUCUUGGAAAAAUAGAUGAAAUGGGAAACAGAAUAGACGAUUUAGAAAAGAAUAUUACAGAUUUGAUGACACAAGCUGGUGUAGAAGGAGGUGACAAAUGAUUGUAUUUAUUAUAUCAUUAAUUUUGAUAUAGAAAGAAAGAGAUCUUUUACAUAUAAUAUAUAUUAUACUAUACUAACAAAUAUUAUUUUACAAGAACGGUAUUUGUAUAUUAUUGGUAUGAAUUUUCGAUCAUUAAAACAAUAAAAUGACUUUUUUGCAAUAAUGUAA